AUGCAAAAGUCGUUUGAGACGCACGCGCUCCUUACGGGCAACGCGGAGGCCAGGGCUGCCGAAGACACGCCCCGAAGGAGAGACGUCGGCUCACAGCUCCACUGCUGUGGACUGAGAGGGCCGCCUCCGCCUCCAGAGUGGGCGGCUCGCAUGCAGUCCGUCUGGUGGUACCGCGUCUCGUCCUUCAGUUAUUGCAUCGCAGGCAGCCUCGCCGCCGUGCGGCCCGAGCCGCUGGCCAGGCACGCCGUGCCUUGCUGCGCGGACUUCCCAUUCCGCUGCAUGGGCGUCGCCAUCACGCUCAACGGCUUUGCCUCGUUUGCCGCCGAUGUCAUCCACAUCGGCCACCCGCAGACCAUCUGGAAGCCGAUCGACGUCGUGCUCGCGACGGGCAACACGAUCGUGCAGAUGCUGAUCGCCACGCUGCAGCUGCUGGGACUCACGUCCUUCCCGCCGCUGGCCGGCUCCGUCUUUGCCGCCUCGGUCUGCGCCGCGCUGUACUGCAAGCGGCGCUCUGCGCGCGCCGUCGCCGAGCAGGACUGCGAGGGCGCCAUCUUGUGGCACGCGAUGUGGCACUACUCGCUGCCGGGCGGCGCGCUGCUCGCCCAGCUGCUCAUCUCGACCGACGAGAGCGACGAGGGGUCGCUGAAGCGGGGGCUAUCGCAUAGAUCACACGUACUCUCACACCCACAAAAACCACCGCGCUACGAGCAAACGCACCCGGGGCGGGCGCCUGGCGUCGCCGCUGCGCAAAAAUUCCCGCGCUACGGGCCGCUGGCAAAACCCCCCGCGCUACGAGCAAAGACACCGCCGGGGCGGGCGCCUGGCGUCGCCGCUGCGCAAAAACCCAACACAACCCCCGCGCUAGGGGCAAAAAUGCGCGCUACGCAAAGACACCGCCGGGGCGGGCGCCUGGCGUCGCCGCUGCGCAAAAACCCCCGCGCUACGAGCAAAGACACCGCCUGGCGUCGCCGCUGCGCAAAAACCCCGCGCUACGAGCAAAGACACCGCAUGGCGUCGCCGCUGCGCAAAAACCCCGCGCUACGAGCAAAAACACCGCCGGGGCGGUCUCCUGGCUGCGCAAAGCCCCCGCGCUACGUGGCGUCGCCGCUGCGCAAAAACCCCGCGCUACGAGCAAAAACACCGCCGGGGCGGUCUCCUGGCUGCGCAAAACCCCCGCGCUACGAGCAAAAGAAUUGA